GGCUCUCCACCCUCUGCGCCACCGGGGAGGCCCUGGAUGUGUAAUUUUUAAAGCUCUGCUGGAGAGUGGAGGCCAGUGAAGCCUGGGAUUUGUUUGCAAAUGUUCAUGUAAGAGGUGACCAUGCCUCGCCUGCAUCUGAGGAGGGGAGGUUGGGUAGGAGAGGGAGCGAAGAGGCAACCAUGAGGAAAGGGGGAAGGAGUGAAGAAGGGAUGGUGGAGAGGAUGGGUUUGUGGGCAGCCCAGAGAGCAGAUAGUUUGAAGGAAGAAAUGAUGACUCCGGCGAGGAGAAGCUAAUUGCCCCUGAGCCGGACCUGGAUGGAGGGCAGUGGCUGAGGAGAGAGGAGCAGUGCAUUUCCUGGACAAGGAAAGCCUUUGGCAGAAGCCCAGCCUGGGUGCCUUUGAACAGCAGCAGGAAGGAGAUGCGGCUGCUGUUGGCCCUAUUGGGGGUCUUGCUGGGCGUGCCCAGGCCUCCAGCUUUGUCCUUUGAGGCCUCUGAGGAAAUGGAGCUGGAGCCCUGUCUGGCCCCUAGCCCAGAGCAGCAAGAGCAAGAGCUGACAAUGGCCCAAGGACAGGCUGUGCGGCUGUGCUGUGGACAGGCUGAGCGUAGUGGCCACUGGUACAAGGAGGGCAGUCGCCUGGCACAUACUGGCAGAGUACGAGGCUGGAGAGGACGCUUGGAAAUCGCCAGCCUUCUACCCCAGGAUGCAGGCCACUACCUCUGCCUGGCACGGGGCUCUAUGCUUGUCCUGCACAAUGUCACCUUGAUUGUGGAUGACUCCUCAACCUCCAGCAAUGGUGAUAAAGACCCCAAGGUCCACAAGGACCCCUCAAAUGGGCAUAUUUACCCCCAGCAAGCACCCUACUGGACACACCCUCAGCGCAUGGAGAAGAAACUACAUGCAGUGCCUGCUGGGAACACUGUCAAGUUCCGCUGUCCAGCUGCAGGCAACCCCAUGCCCACCAUCCGCUGGCUCAAGGAUGGACAGGACUUCCAUGGGGAGCAUCGCAUUGGAGGCAUUCGUCUACGCCAUCAGCACUGGAGCCUGGUGAUGGAGAGCGUGGUGCCCUCGGAUCGUGGCACGUAUACCUGCCUGGUGGAAAACUCUAUGGGUAGCAUCCGCUACAGCUAUCUUCUGGAUGUGCUGGAGCGGUCCCCGCACCGGCCCAUCCUGCAGGCGGGGCUCCCUGCCAACACCACAGCUGUGGCAGGCAGCGACGUGGAGUUGCUGUGCAAGGUGUACAGCGACGCCCAGCCCCACAUCCAGUGGUUGAAGCACAUCGUCAUCAACGGCAGCAGCUUCGGCGCUGACGGCUUUCCUUACGUGCAAGUCCUGAAGACAGCAGACAUCAAUAGCUCAGAGGUGGAGGUCCUGUACCUGCGGAACGUUUCUGCCGAGGACGCAGGCGAGUACACCUGCCUGGCAGGCAACUCCAUCGGCCUCUCCUACCAGUCGGCAUGGCUCACAGUGCUGUCAGAGGAGGACCUUGCAUGGACAGCGGCAGUGCCUGAGGUCAGGUACACAGACAUCGUCCUGUAUGCUCUGGGCUCUCUGGCUUUGGUUGUGCUCCUGCUGCUGGCCGGGCUGUACCGUGGGCAGCUGCUCCAAGGCCAGCACCCCCGCCAGCCAGCCACUGUGCAGAAGUUGUCCCGCUUCCCUCUGGCCCGACAGUUCUCUCUGGAGUCAGGUUCCUUGGCCAAGUCCAGUUUGUCUCUGGUGCGAGGUGUCCGUCUCUCCUCCAGUGGCCCCCCAUUGCUCGCUGGCCUUGUGAGUGUAGAUCUACCUCUUGACCCGCUGUGGGAAUUUCCCCGGGACAGGCUGGUGCUUGGGAAACCCCUAGGCGAGGGGUGCUUUGGACAGGUAGUCCGUGCAGAGGCCUUCGGUAUGGAUCCUAAUCGGCCCGACCAAGCCAGCACCGUGGCUGUCAAGAUGCUCAAGGAUAAUGCCUCUGACAAGGACUUGGCAGACCUGGUCUCUGAGAUGGAGGUGAUGAAGCUGAUUGGCCGACAUAAGAACAUUAUCAAUCUGCUGGGAGUCUGCACCCAGGAAGGGCCCCUGUAUGUGAUUGUGGAGUGCGCCGCCAAAGGAAACCUGCGGGAGUUCCUGCGGGCCCGCCGCCCCCCAGGCCCCGACCUCAGCCCUGACGGGCCUCGGAGCAGUGAAGGGCCACUCUCUUUCCCUGCCCUGGUCUCUUGCGCCUACCAGGUGGCUCGAGGCAUGCAGUAUCUGGAGUCUCGGAAGUGCAUUCACCGGGACCUGGCUGCCCGCAAUGUGCUGGUGACCGAGGACAACGUGAUGAAGAUUGCUGACUUUGGGCUGGCCCGUGGUGUCCACCAUAUUGACUACUACAAGAAAACCAGCAAUGGCCGCCUGCCUGUCAAAUGGAUGGCACCUGAGGCCUUAUUUGACCGAGUCUAUACACACCAGAGUGAUGUGUGGUCAUUUGGGAUCCUGCUGUGGGAGAUAUUCACCCUUGGGGGCUCCCCGUACCCUGGCAUCCCUGUGGAGGAGCUGUUCUCACUGCUGCGGGAGGGACAUCGAAUGGACCGGCCUCCAAACUGCCCCCCAGAACUGUAUGGACUGAUGCGUGAGUGCUGGCAUGCGGCACCCUCUCAGAGGCCCACUUUCAAACAGCUAGUGGAGGCACUGGACAAGGUCCUGCUGGCCGUCUCUGAAGAGUACCUGGAUCUUCGCCUGACCUUUGGACCCUACUCCCCAACUGGUGGGGACUCCAGUAGCACCUGCUCCUCCAAUGACUCUGUCUUCAGCCUCGAUCUGCUGCCACUGGGAUCCAGCUCCUUCCCCUUCCCCAAAGUGCAAACAUGAGCAGGAGCAUGAGAUUAUGUGGGCCACCAGGCCCAACCAGAAACCUUAGACCUCCUGGCUCAGCAGCAACCUGGCAGUGUUUGACCUCGGCAGCCCCAGGCACUGACCUCAGGGUGCUGAAAGGUUCUGCUUUGGGGAGGUCUGCUCAACCUACUUGAGGUUUCCUGCUCUGGUCUUGGGUUUCAACCCGUGACAAGGCCCUUAACCCUGGGAGUUAUGGCCCCAGGGUUCUAGAAGUCCGAGUGUUAGGGUUCUGCUUGGGACUUAGCAUACUUAGCAUUCAGCCCUUGUUCCCGGGGUCUGGCUGGACAUGGCUGCAGGACUUUCCUAAACCUCUUGCUUCCCUACACCAGCUGAGAGAUCUGGCAGUCUAGAAUCUCCUCUCCUAAGGCCUUCCCACCUCCCCUCUGCUGCUUGUCCCAACAUCUUGGCUGAAGGAGCAUUGGCCUGUGCUCCUGGCUGAAAGGCUGGAAGCCUGCCGAAAACAGAGAAGCAAA